CUGAACACCGGACUACCGCUGUUCGGGAACGUUCCUCAUCGCGUCGCCGAUCUCUCCCCGGAAACCAUCGCCUUCGGGCGGCGCGAAAUCGAACUUGCGGAGCAUGAGAUGCCGGGUUUGAUGGCGAUUCGGGAGCGCCACGCGGCGGACCGGCCGCUCGCCGGCGCCCGGAUCACCGGAUCGCUCCACAUGACGAUCCAGACCGCGGUGCUCAUCGAAACGCUGCUGGAUCUCGGCGCGGAAGUGCGUUGGGCGAGCUGCAACAUCUAUUCGACCCAGGACCACGCCGCCGCCGCCGUGGUGGCGGGACGCGGCGGAGACGCCAAAGACCUCCGGGGACCAGCGGUCUUCGCCUGGAAGGGCGAGACGCUCACCGAGUACUGGUGGUGCACGGCGCAGGCCUUCGACUGGCCGGACGGGCGCGGCCCCAACCUCAUCCUCGACGACGGCGGCGACGCCACCCUGCUCGUGCACAAGGGCGUGGAAUGCGAGCGCGCGGGAGCCGUUCCGGCGCCGGAAUCGGCGGAGAACGAGGAACUGGCGGUCAUCUGUUCGCUCCUCGCGGCCGCCACCGAAGAACGGCCGGGCUGGUACCGCGAGGGAUCGCUGCUGUUUCCCGCGAUCAACGUCAACGACUCGGUCACGAAGAGCAAGUUCGACAACGUCUACGGAAUCCGGCAUUCGCUGGUGGACGGCAUCAUGCGGGGCACCGACGUCAUGCUCAGCGGGAAGCUCGCGGUGGUGCUCGGCUACGGCGAGGUGGGUAAGGGCGCGGCGCAGUCGCUCGCCGGACAGAAGUGCCGGAUCGUCGUCACCGAAGUGGACCCCAUCUGCGCGCUUCAGGCGCUCAUGGACGGGUAUCAGGUGGUCCGGCUGGAAGACGUGGUCGACGAGGCCGACAUCUUCGUCACCACCACCGGAAACGUCCGCGUGAUCGGCGUGGAGCACAUGCGGCGCAUGAAGCGAAACGCCAUCGUCGGGAACGUCGGCCACUUCGACAACGAGAUCGACAUGGCGGGACUCGCCGCGGAACCGGGUAUCCGGCGCCAGAACAUCAAGCCCCAGGUGGACGCCUGGAUCUUCGCCGACGGACGGCAGAUCCUGGUGCUUUCGGAGGGACGGCUGCUCAACCUCGGGAACGCGACCGGCCAUCCCAGCUUCGUGAUGAGUUCGAGCUUUGCGAACCAGGUGCUCGCGCAACUGGAACUGCACCAGCGGCGGGAGGACUACGCCCUCGGGGUCCACGUACUGCCGAAGCAUCUCGACGAGGAAGUCGCCCGUCUGCAUCUCGACAAGCUCGGAGCGCGGCUCACCCGCCUGACGCCGGAGCAGAGCGACUACAUCGACGUCCCGGUCGACGGGCCCUACAAACCGGAUACGUACCGGUACUGA